UUUUAAUUUGGAUUUAAAUCCCACGUCAACCCUUUUUCAAAACCAGGUGUGCUGCCAGCAAACUCCGAGGUCCCCCAUGUCGCAACCUCCGCCAUUGCCGCCGUCGCCUUCCGUUAACGCCAUUGACGGACUCGAGGGCACCAGAUUUGUAGCAGGAGGAGAGAUAGAGAAGCCCGAGGAAUCUGCCACUCCAUCCGGUUCAUUCAUCAGCGAUGCCAUGCCCCAGCCCCAGUUUCCCUACCUUACACCGCAUCCGAAGAAAGGCGCUGGCCGACGAAAGAAGGACCCUCUCACCCCGAAGCAACGCGCCACCGCUGAACGCAAUCUCCAUAUCCUCUCCAAUAACUUCAGCCCCCUUCCGUUUUCCCCAGCUAAAACCCUAAAUUUCUCCGCCCACGAAGCUCUCUUCCGCGCGCUCGGUCUCUGGGAUUUCGCCCACUUAGAGCUCGAUCGUGAGGUGAGAUCCGAUCUUCUUGUCCAUCUGAUCGCUUACUACGAUCCUUCAAAUCGCCGCAGCUACGUAUAUGGCGCGCGAAUCUCAGUUAGCCGCAGUGAUCUGGCUCGUGCCCUUAGCCUGCCUAUUAAGAAAGAGAAAGCUAAUGCAUUUGAGUGCAUGGAUGAGGAUAUCAGUGUCCUGCUGGAGUUUAUUUCGAACUAUAUGCCCUAUGGGGACGACAUGUGUAUAUUACCUCCGGAAAUCAUGCAGGCAACUCAGCUUGUAAAGGACAAAGAGCCUCUAAAGGUAGAUUGGUCAACGUUGAUGUGGGUUUUGGUAGAGAAGCAGCUUUUGGAGGCUUCCAAAUUCGGAGUUUGUCACUGUGCCUCACAUCUGCAGUGUUUAAUAAAGCACCAACAGCCUAAUCUAUUCCAUAAGAAAGAGAUGCCUGUUUUGGAGUCUGUGGUCGAGUCUCAAGAAGAUGAGGUUUCGGUGGUAGAAGCUGUGCUAAGUAUGGCAAAUGAUGAUACUAAUGUGGCAGAAGAUAAUGAUGAUUAUGAUGAUGUUGCUGCGGUGAAGGUGCGGAGCUUGGAGGAUUUGGGUAAUGUGAUUCCUGAGAAAGACACUGAAGAGUUGGGAUUGACACUUGGUGUAGAAGAGAAUUUGAUGGAUAGUUUUGAAGAAGACAAGGUGGGAGAAGAUAAUGAGUGGCCUGAAGAAGGGGACAAUGAGGGCUUUGAGCAUUGCUUUCCACGCUGCAAUUCUAGAGAGGCUGUGGACAUUGACUUUGAGAAUUUGACCAAGCAUGAGCAGGGUAGUCAGGCGAUGGGGUAUGCAGAUGACCUCUCAGCAAAAUUGUCUAAUUUGGGGAGGAUGUCAUCAUCAGACCUCUUGCAAGCAAUGGAAAACACAAGCCACAUAAGAAUUCCUUACGAUGAGCAGUUGAAUUCCUUCAGUGCAGCUUCUGGAGAAUUUUUGAGAAUGGGCGCAGAGUCUAGUAAGGAUAUCCUAGGCCAUGGCCCUAAUGGUUCUCUGUAUUCUGUGAAUAAUGGUAAAAGGCAAGCAGGUGCAAUGAGUGCUGCAGAGGAAGACCAUUUCGAACAUAACCUGCAAAAAAAGAUGAGGAGUGCUGAAACUUGGGGUAAUAUGCCAUUAUCAUUUGAUCAUUGCAUAGAAUGCAUGCAAACAGGUUUAGAAAGAUUCAAAUUACUAUAUGCAGAGAAAGACCAAAAAAUGGCAAAUGUGCAAAUGCAGAUGCCAUAUUUGAACCAGAUGUUGCAUGAGAAGGACCAGAGCAUUCGUUCAAUGAGAUUAAAUAUUGAGGAGCAGCAACAUUGGAAAAUGGUACUUCACCAUUAUGAGCAUGAACUGUCUUUGAUGACCCAAAUGCUGCUUGGUUAUAAGAAAGCACUAAAAGAGACUCGAUGUAGUUUCUCUGAAUACAGAAAGAAAUGCUCAGAAGAUGUAGAAGCUCUUUACAAAGAUGUUCCUGGGACUAAUGGUCUGGUUCUCAGCACGAGGGAGUUUGAAAAACACCAAUUGGAGAAAGAUGGGGAGGAGCGCCAGAAGUUGCUAUGCACAUUUGGUAAUCUCGAGGAUGUCUUGAUGAAAUUCAGCAUUUAUGAAGAGCGCAUCAAGAUGUACAAUAUAAGGCUGGUUGAUCUGGCUGGAGAAGUAAAGAAACUGAAAGAGAGAGUUGUAAAGUCCAAUUUCUCAAGAAUUUGAUUAUGCUUUAAAGCAACUGCAAGAGAGGAUCAAAAUACUUCAUUUCAAAUUCCAUCCUGAGCAAGUCCUUUCAAGUUGAGAUUGUUCUAAGUAAGCACUUGCAAGUAACAUGUCACCAAGUUCAACCAAAAGAUGGAUAGUGCUGACUCCUAAGAUGUAACACACACACACACACACACACACA